AUGUGGGGUAAACUUCAUCAAUUUGCAAACGAGUUAAUAGCUCCGAUUGAAGAGGAAGAAGAGGAAGAGGAAAAUGAUCAUCAUCAUCAUCAACAACAACAACCAGUACUAGCUGUUUCUCAUAAACCCCACACGACAGGAUCCAACUCAACAAACACACCACAACCCAAAGAGGAUUCCUUCUUUGCUCAGCCAUUUCUUUCCAGCCAUCCGCAACAACAACAACAACAUUAUCAACCCCAUGGCACCAAUUAUCAACAAUCACCACAAUUACCUUCAAAAGUGUUUCCGAAUCAGCCCACGAUGAUGAAUAACACUCCAUACAAGCCAACUGCUACAACAACUGCCUCUUCUUCUGUACAUUCAUACACCACCAAUACAACUACCACUUCAAGCAGAUUAUCUCCAGUAUCAUCGGUUUCUUCAUCCUCACUUCCAUCUUCUUUCUUUCAAACACCAAAUUAUCAUCAGCAACAUUAUUCCAUUGGAUCAAGUACUGAUUUGAAAAGAGUUUCAUCCUCUUCAAGUUUGGAUAGUGGCAGAUCCAUCACUCCGACACUCAUUACAAUGAAUCAGAUACAACCCCAACAACAGCAGGGAAUGAGUGUCAAAUCCAGCAGCAGUAGAUCAACAACUCCGACGUUAUUGACUCAUCCAAGUGGUGCUCUAGUUACGAAUCAGCUACCGGAAAUGCCACCUGGCUUACUUGUGGAUGGAAUGACAAAACCAUACAAUGAAACAACAAGAACUGAUAACAAGAAAUAUAUUCAUGUUAAAUUAUUUGUUGGAGAUGAGGUAUUGAAUCAUGAGAAAUAUGUAGAAUAUUUACAGAGUCAUAUACGUUUUUACAAGGAGAAAUUGUAA